ACAGUUUUGGUCUGCUUAACAACAAGUAACUAGCCAAUAGCCAUACAUUCAUUCAUUAAUUAAUCACUUUUCUUUAAUCACUCACUCACUCUCCAAAUAAACUAAACUGGGUUUAAAUUCAUACUCAUUAACUAUGAAACUAUCUAUCUCCAACUUUCUCUCUCUAAAACUAACUUCUUCUUCUCCUUCUCCUCCUCCAUUCUCACAACUGCAUUUUCUCUCUCUAAAACUAACUUCUUCUUCUCCAUUCUCACACCUGCAUUUUCUCUCUCUUUGCAUUGAGAAUCUACAACCUACGAGAAUUUGGAUGUGCGUGUCAGUUUUUUAGAUCGGCCAUGGCGGAAUUUUCCGGUGACGUAGGAAUGGAGGCCACGGUUGUCGUCACGCCGACUCCGUUGACGGUUUCUGGAUCGUUUAAAGAAGGGAAGAACUCGUCCAGGAGACGUCAGCAUUCCAUGAGGCCUAGUUUGGAUGCGGAUGAGUUCAUGAACUUGCUUCACGGUUCGGAUCCGGUGAAGAUGGAGCUUAAUCGACUUGAGAAUGAUGUUAGAGAUAAGGAUAGGGAAUUAUCAGAAGCACAAGCUGAGAUCAAAGCCUUGAAACACUCUGAACGAUUGAGAGAAAAAGCCGUUGAAGAGCUUACUGAAGAAUUGUCUAAGGUUGAUGGGAAGCUGAAGUUAACAGAAAAUCUUCUAGAAAGCAAAAAUCUUGAAAUAAAGAAAAUCAAUGAUGAAAAAAAAGCAUCGAUGGCAGCUCAGUUUGCAGCUGAAGCUACUCUUCGAAGGGUCCAUGCUGCACAGAAGGAUGAUGACAUGCCUCCUAUAGAAGCCAUUCUAGCCCCGUUAGAGGCUGAACUCAAGCUUGCUCGGCAAGAGAUUGCUAAACUUCAAGAUGAUAACAGAGCCUUAGAUCGUCUUACGAAAUCUAAAGAAGCAGCUCUUCUUGAAGCUGAAAGGACCGUUCAGGUAGCCUUGGCUAAGGCCUCCAUGGUGGAUGAUCUCCAAAAUAAAAAUCAAGAGCUAAUGAAACAGAUUGAGAUUUGCCAGGAAGAAAACAAAAUUUUGGAUAAAAUGCUUAGACUAAAGGUGGCAGAGGUUGAAAAGCUGACCCAAACUGUGAGGGAACUAGAGGAGGCUGUCCUUGCAGGGGGGGCAGCUGCAAAUGCUGUGAGAGAUUAUCAACGAAAAUUUCAAGAAAUGAAUGAAGAAAGAAAAACUCUUGAUCGGGAGUUGGCCCGUGCCAAGGUAACAGCUAACAGAGUAGCCACAGUAGUGGCAAAUGAAUGGAAAGAUGCUAAUGACAAAGUGAUGCCUGUCAAACAAUGGCUUGAAGAGCGACGAUUCUUACAGGGAGAAAUGCAGCAACUUCGGGAAAAGCUUGCUACAGCUGACCGCACUGCAAAGUAUGAAGCACAGUUAAAAGAAAAAUAUCAAUUACGGCUUAAAGUGCUACAAGAGAGUUUGAGAGAAACUUCUAACAGUAUUAAUCGCGGAACUUCAGAGGGAAGAUGUGUUAGCAAUGGGCCUUCUACUAGCAAUGGGUCUUCCCGACGACUAUCUCUAGGUGGAGCUGAUAACAUAUCCAAACUGAAUUCUAAUGGGUUUCUGACCAAGAGAACAUCAUCCUUUCAAAUAAGGUCCUCUGUGUCCUCCAGCACAAUUUUAAAGAAUGCUAAAGGUGCAUCUAAGUCUUUCGAUGGUGGUUCUAGGUCACUAGAAAGGAGUAAAAUUCUUCUAAAUGGAAAGCCUCCAAGUUCCUCAUUUAACCAGUCUUCUGAAAGAACUAAAGACAAAGAGGAAAACAAUAAUUGGAAAGGAAGUUUGGAUGAUAAGCCAAAUGACUUCCCAUUAGUAGAUGCAGAGGAUAGCGUUCCAGGAGUUUUGUAUGAUUUUCUGCAGAAAGAGGUCCUAGUGUUGAGGAAAGCUGGUAAUGAAAAAGAUCAAAUCCUAAAAGAUAAAGACGAUGCCAUUGAGAUGCUAGCAAAGAAAGUGGAUACAUUGACCAAAGCUAUGGAAGUUGAGGCAAAGAAGAUGCGAAGGGAAGUAGCUGUCAUGGAGAAGGAGGUAGCUGCAAUGCGCGUGGACAAAGAACAAGAGACAAAAGCCAAACGUUUCAGCAAUGUGAAGAGCUCUAUGAACAGUGCUCAGCAACAGCUUGUUUCUGGGAGAAACAUGACACGGGGAGGAUUAACACGCAGCACCCAGUGAUAAUAAGUCUAUUGCUGAGUCACCAAGGAGUGGAUUUUAUAGCAUAAUUAUUCCGCCCUCUGUUAUUUUUAUUUUACCUUUGUCGGUUUUUCUCCAAUUGAUUAUAAGUUUGUAACCGAGGUUCUGGCAGACAGUUGUUAAUGAUAUUGUCCAUGGAUUGAGGGUGAGAAAAUAAUUCAAGUAAUUGGAAUGCAUCUAACCUAGACUUCUGUGUUCUCUGCUUAGAGAGAUUGGCUAAGAAGCAAGGCAAAGGAAGAUGAUUAACAUGGAGCUAACUUUCAGCUUUUCAUUGAGAGUGACUGUGUGGUUGUAUAGGUAGCUUUAUCUCUUCUUUUAUCCAUUUGGCAGUUGAUAUUUGUAAUACACACAUAGUGUGAUUGUUGGUUGGUUUGUUAAUACCUUUUUAAUCAGAUCAAGAACUAAGCUUAUUUGGUUGUGCAAUACAUUCAUAGUUUCAAUUUUCAAGUUGAUUGUAAGUUCAGGUUUGACUGAA